AUGCCGCCGCCGCCGCUGAUGCCUAUUGGCCCCACAUUGUUACUGAUAGAGCGCGACCUCAUCUCAAAGUUGCAGGUGCCUAAGGUCAUCGAGCCCAAUCCCACUCACUCCAAGCGCACCGUCAUCUACAUCGACUGCAGCAACAUCAUCGACUCCACCAACUGGUCGGUGGAAAUGGCUGCGUCCAAGAAGACACCAAGGGAAGUGGAGGUAGAGCUGGAGCUACCUGACGCGCUUCCAGCCAUCGUAUCGAGCUGCAACAAGACUCGUGUCCACCUAACGAAUGACGCAUACAAGAAGAUGGUGGGGCAACCACUAUGCUCGUGGCUCGACUUCCUGCCGGGGGCCAGGCCAUCCAGGAGGAUCAACGGUGAGGUGGUCCUGUACGUGCAAACAUUCAGCACCAUGUCAUGCUUGCCAAGUACCAGGUGUGCCUUCCCAUAUGUUGCAAAGGUCUCAUGGCAGCAUGAGGACACCACUGCCUCGCUCAUUGUGCCGUGUGGCGUUGAGCACCUGAUCCGUAACUCCAACUACAGCUUUAUCUAA